GAGUUUUGCUGAUGGCUAACUGGUGCUGUUUCCUGUAAUGAUAAGAAUGGCAUCCAUGAAGAGACAAAUGCCCAGAUUUGUGACUGUAUUUUUUCUCUUGGCACUAUCAGGGUUUAUAAUACUUGUCUGCAACAUCACAUAUCUAGAGAAGUUGAGUGGACAGGUUAUAUCUACAUUCUACCAAAUCCAGAAUAGCAUCCACUCAGCCUUUAAGUCCCCUGGAAACGUGUGGCCACUAGAGUUAAACCACACAUACUGUGCACACUUUGGCCAGGAGCCCACAGCGGAAGAGGCGAAUGAAGAGAGAUAUCUGCUUAAUUCCAUUGCCUGGCCAGGCCCGUUGGUGCAAGGCUUGCUUGUGGAGCUUAGCAGUGACCCUUCAAAGAGCUACUUUGUGAUUCAUGGCCCAGCAGAGCAACACAUAGGUGAUCAGCUUGAGGUUAAUGUACAUGUGCAGAACUUCCUGGGCCUGCCUAAGAAGCAUGGUGGAGAUUUCCUUAUAGCUCGGCUACAUUCACCUGAACUCGGUGCUGGUGUUGCAGGGCAGGUGCAAGACCAUCACAAUGGCAACUACACAGUGCUGUUCCCACUGCUGUGGGCUGGUGUAGUGUGGGUAGAAAUAACCAUGGCGCAUCCGAGUGAGGCAGUGGUGGUGCUCAAGAGGCUGCAAGAAGAGCAACCCAACCAGGUGUAUUUUAAAAGCCUGUUUCGCUCUGGCUUCGUAUCAGAGACCACCGUGUGCAACCUUUGCCUGCCACUGAACCAUCAACCACUCUGCAACUACACUGACCCUGAAACUGGAGAGCCCUGGUACUGCUACAAACCAAAAAUGCUAGGCUGUGAUACACGAAUAAAUCAUUAUAAAGGGGGCUACAAAAAGAACCUCAUUACUGGAUAUGAAACAAAGUUCUUCAAGAGUAAUGUAAAUAUCAAAGUUCCUAUACGUGCAUCUGGAAUGGGCAAUGUGACUGUAUUACCUGCAGAUAAAGGUCUAGCUAAUUUAAAAAAAUAUGAAAAAACCUCUGGUUUCUACUUUCACAAUGUUUGGAGGCCUUUGCGUGGUGCAGCCCUCCAGCAGUUCAAUGAUUCAUCAGCCAUAACACAGUGUCUUAGAGGGAAGAUCAUAUACAUGCUCGUAGAUUCCACUGUGCGACAGUGGUUUGAAUACCUCACCGCUUCUGUUCCUACACUAAAGGAGUUCAACAUUCACAGCCUUAAGAAAGUGGGGCCAUUCUUGGCUGUGGACAGCAAAAACAACAUCCUGGUGAGCUUCCACUGCCAUGGGCCACCCAUCCGCUUCACUUCAGUGCUUUCCCCUGAACUGCACUACGUAGCAAACGAGAUAGACAGGAUCAAAGGUGGGCCAGGCACAGUGAUACUCGUGAGUGUGUGGUCUCACUUCAGCACGUUCCCUAUUGAGGUAUAUAUACGGCGCCUACGGCACAUCCGCAGGGCUGUGGUACGGCUGCUGAACCGUGAGCCAGCAACCUUGGUGGUGAUCCGCACUGCCAACCUACAGAAGCUUGACCCAGGGAACAGCCUGUUCAACAGUGACUGGUUCUCUCUGCAGAUCAAUUCUGUUCUGUGUGCCAUGUUCAAAGGACUCAAUGUGCAGCUGCUGGAUGCCUGGGAAAUGACUCUGGCCCACCACCUACCCCAUCUUCUACAUCCAUCUCCCCCUAUUAUCAAAAAUAUGAUAGACUUGAUCCUGUCCAACAUCUGUCCCGCUGGAAAAAAUAGGAGGAGUUAACAAAGGACUAAAAUAUAUAAGUAGCAAAGGUGAGGGUCUGUCAUU